AUGGGUGGGAGGAAGAUUGGAGUUGCUGUGGACUUCUCUUCAUGCAGCAAAGCAGCUCUGCGAUGGGCGUCAACCAAUCUUACCAGGAGCGGUGAUCAGCUCAUACUUAUACAUGUCAACAGUUCCUACCAGAAUGAGCAAGGCGCAGUUCAUCUGUGGGAACAGAGUGGUUCACCCCUCAUCCCUCUGGUAGAGUUCUCAGAUCCCCAUAUCACCAAGACUUAUGCCGUGUCGCCUGAUAAGGAAACACUAGAAAUCCUGACCGAAAUGUCGAAUCAAAGAGGGGUUGAAGUCUUUGCAAAGAUAUUUUAUGGUGACCCUGCAAAGAAGCUGUAUGAAGCAGUUGACCUGGUUCCCCUCAACUGCUUGGUGGUUGGAAACAGAGGGCUAAGCACACUUAAGAGGGCUCUGAUGGGAAGCGUGAGUUCCUACGUUGUGAACAAUGCGACCUGCCCAGUUACGGUUGUCAAGGAGAACAGAUAG